AAAAAUCAACAAUUAAUUUGAAAUUUGAAAUUAUGAAUAAAAUAUGCCGAAUAUGUUUAGAAGAAGGCGUACUUACUUCAAUAUUUGCCAAAAAUUUCAACAUUUCGCUGUGUGACAUGAUAGAAUAUUGUUGUAACGUAAAGAUAAGCAGAGAUGAUGGCUUGCCAGAGUUUAUGUGCAGUAACUGCAUGUACAAGUUAGGUGUGGCUUAUCAUUUCAAACAGACCUGCGAAAGUGCUGAUAUACGAUUGAGGCAAUAUAUCGGACUGAGAAUACCGAGCAAAACUGUAGAUGCGAUGGUGAUGACAGAUCCAAUUGCUCCAACAUAUUCAACAAUAAUCAAAAGAUGUAAAUGUAAAUUAUCACAACAGAAACGAACACUAUCGAAUUACAAACGUAAACCGGAGUCAGAGAAGUUGAAACGUGGACCUAAACCGAAACCAAAGUCCGUACACUCUUGCUACCAGUGCAACAAACAGUUUAGGUGUCAAGCUCAAUUGGAAAUGCAUAUAAGAACACACACCGGUGACCGUCCGUUCGUUUGCAUGUAUUGCCCUCGUCGUUUUACACAGAAACACAACCUGACGAUACAUCUUCGUAUCCACACGGGGGAGAAACCAUUCCAGUGCGAAGUGUGCAGUAAACGAUUUUCUGCACAAGGAAAUUUACAAGCCCAUCUGAAAAUUCACACAGGACAGCGCGAUCAUGAAUGUACGAUAUGCCACAAACAGUUCAUCACAUCCAGUGAAUUAACGAGACACAUUAGCAAACAUCGCGGCGUUAAAAAUUUUAAGUGCGAUUUGUGCGAAUCUGCCUACAUACAUUCAAGAGAUCUUAAACUGCACAAAUUGAAGAAACAUCAAGUCAUGUCAUGUCAUGCCAGUCAAAAAAAUAAAAUACAAACAGAAGCGUUUAAUAACAGUAAUACCAUAGACAUAAUCGGUAUAGAUGUAGGCAAAGAACCAGCCAUACCCAUUAAGGAAUCGAAUAAUAUAAACCAAAUAACUCAAAUUGGAGAGAAACCUACGACAAACAUACUUCAGAUACUGGAACAUAAUCAGUCAUUAAUAUCCUACAAUGAGAAACAUGUUAAAGAUAUGUAUUCACAGUAUAAAGUGCUUGAGAAUCACAACUGUGCAAUUUGUGGUGAAGGAUUUAACUAUAUAACAGCAUUAGCACAGCAUUAUCUACAUCAGCAUAAAGGUUAUGAUCCUUUACAAAAGAAUUAUGGUCCAACAUAAGAUAUUUUCCAAAUGAAUUUUCAUGUGAAAGCUUAGAUCUGUUUACACACUGUAUUCUGCUUUAGCUAUUAAAAAUGAUGCGACCCUAAAGAAUAUUGUUUCUUUUUAAAUUAAUAUACUUGAGU